AUGGUCUCGCUUCUGUACGUCUCUUGUAUCAUCUCACUCCUGCUGCAGGCUGGCUUGGCGUCAAAGACCAGGCAUUUCAAGUGGGAGGUGGGUUACAUGUAUGCGUCGCCGGAUUGCGAGGAGAAGAUUCUACUUGGGAUCAACGGCCAGUUCCCUGGACCGACCAUCCGCGCCAAGGCCGGCGACACCAUCCAUGUCGAGCUGAAGAACGCCCUUCACACCGAGGGAGUUGUCAUCCACUGGCAUGGCAUCAGACAGUAUGGAACACCAUGGGCUGAUGGAACAGCUUCCAUCUCACAGUGCGCCAUCAAUCCUGAAGAGACUUAUGUUUACAGAUUUCAGGUCGAUAAGGCAGGAACAUAUUUCUAUCACGGGCAUUACGGGAUGCAGAGGGCGGCAGGGCUGUACGGGUCUUUGAUAGUGGAAGUGGCCGACGGGGAGGAGGAGCCCUUCCACUACGACGGAGAGUUCAACCUAUUGUUGAGCGACUGGUAUCACCAGAGCAUAUAUGACCAAAUGGUGGGACUCUCUUCCAAACCCUUUCGAUGGAUUGGAGAACCCCAGUCACUGUUGAUCAAUGGGAGGGGGCAGUACAACUGCUCGCUGGCCGCACAUCUGAUGGAGGGAUCGAGCACAUGCAAGUUAACAAGCAAAGAUUGUGCACCAGUUGUGCUCCGUGUGCUUCCAGGCAAGACAUAUAGGCUGAGAGUUACAAGCACCACCUCGCUGUCAUCUCUCAAUCUGGCCAUUGGCAAUCACAAGAUGAUGGUGGUGGAAGCAGAUGGCAACUAUGUCGAACCAUUCAUUGUCGAUGAUAUGGACAUAUAUUCAGGUGAAAGCUACUCGGUACUCAUCAACACAGACCAGAAUUCAUCAUCAAACUAUUGGCUUUCCGUUGGUGUCAGGGGAAGGAAACCCAAUACCCAACCUGCUUUAGCUAUCAUAAAUUACCAACCUAAUUCCCCAUCUAAGUUACCUGAAUCUAGUCCUCCAGUUACGCCCGAAUGGAAUGACUAUAACCACAGCAAGUCAUUCUCUAGAAAAAUCCUAGCCCGACAAGGCACACCAAAGCCCCCAUUAUAUGCUGAACAGAAGAUUGCCCUGCUCAACACACAAAACAAAAUCAAUGGUUAUAUCAAAUGGUCUAUCAACAACGUCUCAUUAGCUCUUCCUCCCACUCCUUAUUUAGGGUCCAUGAGAUAUCAUUUGAAGAAUGCAUUUGAUCCUAGCAAGCCACCUGAUAACUUCCCCUCAGAUUAUGAUGUGAUGAAACCUCCUAAAAAUCCUAAUUCGACACAAAGUAGUAAUGCAUAUGUGAUCCAGUUUAACAGCACAGUUGAUGUAAUUCUUCAAAAUGCAAAUGCCCUCGCUGACAAUGUCAGCGAAAUACAUCCAUGGCACUUGCAUGGGCAUGAUUUCUGGGUGCUAGGAUAUGGGGAUGAAAGGUUUGAAGAGAAGGAUGCGUCGCAGUUUAAUCUAAAGAAUCCGCCACUCAGAAACACAGUAGUGAUCUUUCCUUAUGGUUGGACAGCAAUAAGGUUUGUGGCAGACAAUCCUGGAGUUUGGGCAUUUCAUUGCCAUAUAGAACCACAUUUACACAUGGGCAUGGGUGUAAUCUUUGCUGAAGGUGUUGACCAUGUAAGAAGGAUACCAAAAGAUGCUAUAACUUGUGGGAUGACGGCAAAGAAGUUAAUGAACAACGGCCUCCCAUAGUAGGUCUCCCUGACGAUUCAUAUGUUCCCAUUAUUUUGAGGUUGAGCAAUCAGACUGUGCAAUUUAAGAAUGUAACUUUCAAGAACAGCAAACAAUGUGGCCAUCGUUGGGAAUCA